AUGGAUCCGAAUUCAACAUCAAAUGAUGAAUGGCAAAAUUCAUUUGAUCGAUUUUUAAGACAGCAUGAUCAACAGCAACAACCACUAUCAACAACACUCCCUCUUAAUAAUCAGCGAAUGGAUGAUUUAUCGUUUAACUCUCAUAUCAAUGAUGUAUGGGGACAACCUAGACUUAUGCAAAAUAAUGAAUUUAAUAUGUUUAAUGAUUUUUUAAACAGUUCUCAUUAUACGCAACAACCACCACCAAUCGGUAUCCCUACAUUUUCUUCGUCAUCAUCGUCGACGUCAGAUUCAUUUUUACAACAACAAAACAACAGGCAGCCAGCAGCUAGUCUUCCUUAUCAUUCUCCAGACUCAUUUUUACCCAUAUCUUCAACUUCAAAUCGAAAAAUUCGUACAACACCCGAUAAUAAUUUUGAUUUCGGUUUACCUCCAUCCUCUCCUCCCACGUCAUCAUACUUUAAAUCAAUGCGAGCUUCGCCAACUUCAGGAACAGGAAGACGUCCUUUACCACCUACUAUUCCCAGACUUCCACGACGUAGUCCACCUGGUAUGAUCAUUCCGUCUCAUCAAAAACAACGAACUCCACCAUUGUUACAAGUUUCAAAUGAUGAAACAGCUCAUCUUCAACAACAUUCAAUAACACAACGAGCAAAACAAAACUCACCAUUAUAUGUUGCUUGUAUUAAUCAUGGAUCCAAUCAUAACGGUGUUCUUGGACCUCCUGUUCUUUUACCACCCUCAUUUUAA